AUGGCCGGCAGCGGAAGUGGGAGUGGGAGUGGCAGCAGCAGCAGCAGCGGCCCGCCAUGCGCAUCGUGCAAGCUGCUGCGUCGGCGCUGCACGCAGGAGUGCGUGUUUGCACCCUACUUCCCUCCCGAGGAUCCUCACAAGUUCGCCAUCGUCCACAAGGUCUUUGGUGCCAGCAAUGUCAGCAAGAUGCUGCAGGAGCUGCCUGCUCAGCAGAGAGCGGACGCCGUGAGCAGCCUAGUGUACGAGGCGAACGCGCGCGUGAGGGACCCCGUGUACGGCUGCGUGGGCGCCAUCUCCUAUCUCCAGCAGCAGGUCUCCCAGCUCCAAGUGCAGCUCGCCCUCGCCAAGGCCGAGAUCCUCUGCGUCCAGGUGCAGCACGAUGACGGCUAUGCACAGUCAGCUUCAGCUGCUGCCGUGCCAGCUCCGGCAAAGCAACAACUCCAUCACCAGCAGCAGCUGAUGGAAUGCGAUGCUUAUGGCAGCCUGCUCGUGCAAAAUGGCCUGGUGAUGAACACGUUGAACAGCACUGCCGUUCAUCAGCAGCAGCAGAUGCUGGGUGGCUUUGGCUCUGCAGGGAACACUGCAAUGAUGCUGCAGGAGGCGUGCCUCAAGAAAGAGUCCCUUUGGGCAUGA